UUCAGCAUGCGAAAUCGUUUUCACACGGAAGAAUUUACUAGCUGAAUCGGCAUUUCAGUUCAGAUGACUUGACUUCUUCCGUAAAUCUUAUCUUUAGUAUUAAAUAAAGUAUUUGUAUUAACUAGAUUUAGUCCACGGUAUUCCCGUGGGGUGCAAUUGAGUAUAUAAUAUAUAAAGAAAAUCGGAUCAAGUGGCUUAAUUUUCUUGACUGUGCACAUUCAUUCAAAAUUCUCUGGAAUGCUUUCCAAGAUCUGUGGAAUGAAUAUGCACAAUGCAUAUUACACAUUUAGAAUUUGAGCUCCUUUAAUGAAACCUCAGAUAAUUGAAUAACUUGUUCUAAGUCUGCGUUCUCACAUUUCAACUGAUUUUGUUGUAGUUUAGUCAAUCUUCAGUUGGGCUCUUCAGAUUACAGGAGGAAAAUGAGUUCUUCAUCUGGGCUGAAAAAGUUGAUAAGAGUUGAUGUGGUGUCUGAUACCAUCUGUCCAUGGUGCUUUGUUGGGAAGAAAAGAUUGGAGAAAGCCAUGGACGAGACUAAAGAACUUUAUACGUUCGAGGUGCAGUGGCAUCCUUUCAUGUUGGAUCCCACCCUUCCCAAGGAAGGAAUCGACAAGAAUGAAUAUCACAGAAAUAAAUUUGGACUGCGGACUCAAGGUUUGGUUGAUAACAUAAACAAGGCUUUCGAAAGUGUUGGUUUCCACUUUGGUAGUGGUGGUAAAAUAGGAAAUACACUGGACAGUCAUAGAUUGAUUGAGCUAGCUGGUCGUCAAGGCCUUGAUAAGCAGAAUGCAGUUGUGGAAAGCCUUAUGAUUAAUUGCUUGACACAAGAAAAGUGUGUUAGUGACAGAGAGGUGCUCUUGAAUACUGCAGAGAGUGCAGGCAUCGAGGGUGCCACAGAAUGGAUUGAUAACCCAAAUGCUGGUUUGAAAGAGAUACAGAGUAAGAUGGAAAAAUAUGGCCACAGUAUAUCUGGUGUACCUCAUUUUAAGAUAAAUGACAAGUAUGAACUCUCGGGUGCCCAAGCUCCAUAUUCGUUCAUCCAAAUUUUUCAGAAAGCAUCUCAAGAUUUGGACUAAGUUAUUGAGUUGAACUUUAAAGAAAUCAACUUAGACAUAAAUAAACUUUGAUGGGUUUGAAGCGUCCAUUGUUUGAAUAAAAUCCUGCCAUCGGAGUGAUUAGUAGGUAACUGUGAAAACACAAGCACUUUUAGGUUGGGGUCUUAUGGAGGGGGCUUUCUAAAAAUUAGAGCUGGAGCUGCUGAGAUUUUUAAAAAAUAUUUUAAAGUUAGUGGUCCCAUGAAUUUUAUACUGCAGUUCAGCUUCUAAAUUUAAGGAUGCUGGUUCCAUGAACUUUGUAGUGCAAUCAGCUUAAAUUUAAACUCGUGGUCCCAUGAAUUUUAUACUGCAGUUCAGCUUCUAAAUUUAAGGAUGCUGGUUCCAUGAACUUUGUAGUGCAAUCAGCUUAAGUUUAAACUCUUAAAUUUGAGCAAGCUGGCGGUGAAUAAAUUUAAUAAAUUUUUUAGUUUUCUCUCUAAAA